AACAAAGACAACAUUUCAAACGUCAAAAAUUCAAAACAAAAACAACGUUACUAUUGUGUGUCAAUUUUAUUUAGGUAUUUGAAAACGGAAUUGAGAGCAAGAAACUUUCCAAGUAGGUAAAUACAGUUUUAUUUAAAAUAAUAAAUAUAAAAAGUAAAAAUGACUCUGUCGAAGGUUUUAGCAACAUAUUCAAAAAAUUCUGGAAAUUCCGUUUAUGUACAGAGCUAUGAAUCUCCUGUCGGCAAAGCUAUUGCAGCAGCUGACGAAGAUUUUUUAUACGCAGUAACUUUUGAGAAUUCUAAAAACUUUGAAAAAUGUUUCGAAACACUUGCCAAAGAACUUUCAUGCAGUUUUAUCGAAAGUGAGAACAAGAUAUUGAAGAGAUUUGGAAAAGAACUAUCUGACUACUUUGAAGGUAAAUUAAAAAAGUUCACAGUGCCUACUCAAAUGAUUGGUUCAGAGUUUCAGAAGAUUGUAUGGGAGAAAUUAAUGGAACUGCCAUAUGGAUCAACACAAACUUAUGGUGAUUUAGCAAAAGAUUUGGGCCGUCCCUCAAGCCAUUCCAGGGCCAUCGGAGCAGCCUGUGGUGCAAACUCUUUACUAAUAGUAGUGCCAUGUCACAGACUUGUAGCUUCAGGAUCCAAAGGAGGAUAUAAUAGUGGAGUGGACCGCAAAGAUAAACUCAUUGAAUUAGAAAAGACGUUUUCUGAAUAAUUAUAUUUUAAGUUUUUACUGAAAAGAUAUCAAACUACCUCAAUCAAAGAAUGUCUAGGAUUGAAAAAGUGAUGGAAAAGUAAAACUUGCCGUAUUAAAAAAAGUUGUACCUACUUUACAAUAAUAUUUAGAUA